AUGAAGACUGUUUUGACUAGUUGGACAGAGUAUGAGUUGCAAGGACAACACAGUCAGUCAAGAAGCUUCAAGGUUGAUCCCAUUAACAAUAAAGAAUAUAAAGUAGUUCAUGGAGACAAUCACCUUUUGGUAAAUUUGGCCUCUAAAUUGUGUAGUUGUCGUGUUUGGAAUUUGGUGGAGAUUCCAUGUGCUCAUGCUUGUGCUAUUAUUCGUGGGCUAAAUUUAGAUAUAUAUGCUUUUGUGUUGGACUACUAUUUUUUCAGUACAUUGUUAUCAACCUAUAAAGGAUCAGUUUAUCCUAUUGGAAAUCAUUCUGAAUUGAGAUCUGUUGAUGUUGGUGUGAAUGUAUUACCUCCAAUAGUUAAACGUCUGGCUGGGCGACCACAUAAAUAA